AUGGAUUAUUAUAGUCAGCUUGAUGCUAUUCUUUCAAGUGAACCAGUAACUAUUACGAACUUGAGAAAUAAUACGGAUUUGAAAAUCAAGUGUAAUUCAUCACAAUAUUAUAAAUUAGAUGCAUCUACAGUUAAAGAUGUGUAUAUAAAUACUGAUUGCUUUUGCGUUGUCAAUAUAACUGCCAAAAAUAAGAAAAUUGAAGUUGAUGGACCCGCUCAAGUUUACAUAACUGGAGACAACAAUACGAUUUAUAAUGAUUUCAACAUAGGCGAGCCUUUUUCGCACCAUCUUAUUAUCAUUAAUGGCCGUAAAAAUGAAUUGAAGGUUAAUUUGAAAGGAACUUCUUCUGCUCCGUAUAAUGUUGCUACUGCCAUUGUUAAUGAUCCUGAAUUCAUAACAUUAAAUCAAAGCGUUACCAAUUUCAGUUUCUUAACAACAUAUAAUUCAAGUUUUAUUUGCAAUAUUGGCCCAUUUAAUCAAGUCAAUAUUAGUAAAUUGUACUCAUCAUAUGGAUUUUAUGAACCAAUAAUUUAUUACUACCCAGAUAUUUCUGUUGGAUAUGGAGCUCCACUAGACAAAGAAGGCAAAAUAAUCUUAGGUGUAGUUAUUGGUGGCCCAUUUUUAAUUGCUAUAAUUUCAGGUUUUAUCUUAUGUUGCUGUGAAUGCUGUAAAGGUUGCUCUUGUUCAUAUUGUAACAAGAAAGAUAAUGUCGAAAGGGAUUUACCAGAUCUUUAA